GAAGUCCUCAUAUUAUAUUAAACUUCGGCGGCCCCUACGACGACCAGACAAUGUCAACUUUUGUUGUACCAAUAGCUCUCUGAAUCCUACCCUGGUAAAAAAGUCAGACCGUGCUGGAUAAUUUGUCGCUCAACGGUUACCACGAGUCAAGCGUCACAUUUUGACAAAAUAGGCAACUCAGCUCCGUGAAAGACAUUGUCCUUGGGAACGUGUGCGGUCGCAGCUGCGACGACCUUGCCCACUUGUGCCUACGCUCCACAUCGAGACAAACUUUUGGCAAGGAAUAUUGCAGAGUGUGCCGUGAUGGCUACGUCUUCGAGACCUCCGAUCACGGUCAAGUCCAUCGAUCAUGUCGUGCUCACAGUCAAAGACAUCUCUACUACUAUCGCCUUCUAUACCACCCAUCUUGGUAUGCACCAUGAGAAGUUCUCGUCGAAAGGCGAUGAACGGCAUGCGUUGUCCUUCGGUCGGCAGAAGAUCAAUCUUCAUCGUGCAGGACACGAAUUUAUCCCCCAUGCGCAAAACGUUCAGCCCGGCAGUGAGGAUUUGUGUUUCAUUACGGAAUGUCCGAUUGAGGAGGUGAAAACGAGCUGGGAGGAAGCUGGAAUUAAGAUUCUUGAAGGCGGAUCGAUUGUCGAUCGGACCGGCGCGGUCGGCAAACUCCGGAGCGUAUACUGUCGCGACCCAGACGGCAAUCUCAUCGAAUUGUCAAAUUAUGUCUGAGCUUUAGAUCAUAGCAGUAGAGCUCUUCGCAGGCGAAACUUGGCGUUUGAGGAUGUAAAGACGUGGCUCGAAUUUGACUGCGGGCCAGAGGCCUCGUGUGAUCUUGUUCCGAGAAAAUAAAGCAAUGUCGUGAUAGCGUCGGUGAAGUAUUCGCCCAACUCGGUUUUGGAAAACUGAUGGCAAGGGUAAGAUAUCGUCCUCAUCAUUUGUGGGUCUCAAUGUGAUUCCAGAGUAACCAUUUGCCACGCCGAUUGGAGCCCAUUUUCCAAUCACCCUCUCGGGUUGUUCAGCGAUCGCAUAAUCAAAGUCCAACCAAA